GUUUGAAAAGUUUGUGCUGUGUCUCGGUGCUCGGUUCCAGAUGAGGCUCGUGGAGAUGUGGAAGCAGCAGUGUGUUUUUCUUCUGCGGUCCUUUCGCUCCUGCUUCUUCUGCUCUGCCUGGUAGAGUGUGGAUUCCUGCUCCGGGACAACAGGCUCUUUUGUUUCCACGGGUGGUGGGGGAUCUACGGGCUCUGCCUCACCGCUGUCUUCAUCACUCCAUCGUUUCACCGCUCAGCGCCGCGGCUCACCGCCCUGCAGCCCGUCGUGGGACCGCAGGCCUCCCGGAGCGACGCUAUCCUGCCCCUCACGCACCCUGCCUUCCCAUCCUGCUCACCUGCGUGACGCCGCAGCCACCUGAGUGGGACCAUUACCUGCUGUGUUUCUCCACGUUAGAAGGAAGCUCCGUUUAGGGACACAGUUCCCCAAACCUUGAAACCCGCUGCCCAGGGGGCUCCCCAUCCGGACGACUCCACGUUGCUAUGAGACGCCCUCCUCGGACAGGCUUCAGCAUCCCACCCUGGGCUGGCCGUGUCACCCCGUCGCUGCAGACCGGCUCCCAGCACCCCUGACCGGGGCGGGCAUCGCUAUGGCGACAGCGGUGUGGUACCACCGCGACAUCAGCCGAGUGCAGGCCGAGGACCUGCUGGCUCGUGCCGGGAGGGACGGCAGCUUCCUGGUGCGGGACAGCGAGUCGGUGCCGGGAGCCUACGCCCUGUGCCUGCUGUUCCAGCGACACGUUCACACGUACCGCAUUCUUCCGGACAUGGAGGGCCUGCUCGCGGUCCAGACCUCCCAGGGGGUGCAGGUGAACUGCUUCCGCACGCUGGCAGACCUUGUGGUGGGGUAUCAGCAGCCCCACAAGGGCCUCGUGGCGCCGCUGCUGUACCCCGUGGGGCAGGAGAGCGAGCAGGCGGAUGAGAGCUCAGCAGACGGGGAUGACGAGAAGCCGGGUUCGACGUGGAAUCACAGCUCAGCCCUGCCCUCAGCCGGCGCCAUUGCGACCGCAGGAUCCACCGCCGCGUCCGGAGCCCACGUGCACUUCCUUCACCGCCUGCAGGAGUUCCCCACUCCCAGCUUGGCGAGCGACAUGGUGGUGCUGUUGAGCGAUUACCUGCGCAGCGAGCUCCCCCAGGACAUGGAGGACCUGUGCAAAGGAAGCACGGAACUGCGCAGCCUGCAGCGCACCUUGAGCAUGGCCUGCGAGGGUCUGCGCAGCGAGAUAGACCUGACUCUGUCCAGCCUGGAGACCCUGGCCAAGGUGUUCGACCAUCCUACCUGCCCCCUUGCCGGCUCCAGGGCGCAGAACACGGGGAAGGCGUCCGACUCGGGGCUCGAUGGCCUGGUGUGUAAGAUCUCAGCGCUGUGCAGCCUGCUGUCCACCCUGGAGAAGAGGGUGCUGAAGGCGUUGCAGGAAGCUGUAGCCAAUCACAAUCUAGCGGCGCAGCCAGAGCCUCCCCCCGAACCCGCGCCAACGACCCGCAGCUGUGACAGACCCAUACCUGUCCACACCUUUCAGGUCAAGGUGUCGCGGUACGGAAGACAGGUGCUCUCGGCGGAUGUGGACGGCGGGGUGCUGCUGUUUGACAGGAAGUCGGGAGCCUUUGGCGUGGAGACUGUGUCGCAGGACAGGAUCCUGAAGCUGGUGAGGUUCCGGAACAAUCCGGGGAAGCUGUGUAUGGUGUUGGACAAUCGGACCAACCCUCCAAGAGAGCUGCUGUUUGAGAGCAUCAGGAAGUGUGAGGCGUUCUGCCACCUGCUGCAGCUGAUGAGGACCAGACAGUCCCGGCAGGGGGAACCAGACCUCAUCUCUGUGUUCGUGGGCACCUGGAACAUGGGUAGCUCUCCUCCACCCCGGAGCCUGCAGUCCUGGUUGUUGUGUCGCGGCCUGGGCGUCGUCCCGGACGAGUCCACAGCGACGCUCCCGCACGACAUCUAUGCGUUCGGCACACAGGAGAACACGCAGGGCGACAGGGAGUGGGCGGAGCAGCUGAGGGCCGCGCUCCGAAGCGUCACUCACAUCGACUUCAAACUGGUGGUGCUGCAGUCCCUGUGGAACAUGCGGCUGGCGGUCUUCGUGAGACCGGAGCAUGAGAAGCGCAUUAGUCACAUCAGCUCAGCCAGCGUGAAAACAGGCCUGGGGAACACGCUGGGAAACAAAGGGGCAGUCGGGGCAUCGUUCCUCUUCAACGGCACUUCUCUGGGCUUCGUGAACUGUCAUCUGACCUCUGGCACCGAGAAGGCCGCAAGGAGGAACCAGAACUUCCAGGAUAUCCUUCGGCUGCUCUCCCUGGGCGACCGGCAGCUGAGCGCCUUUGACAUCAGCCUGCGCUUCACCCAUGUCUUCUGGUGUGGAGACCUCAACUACCGACUGGAUCUGGAUGUGCAGGACAUCCUGAAGCACAUUCUCAAGCGGGAAUUUGAAGCGCUGAUGUGUGCUGACCAGCUGACCCGUGAGCGACACAAGCGGAAGGUCUUCCUUCACUUCAAUGAGGAGAAGAUCCUGUUCCCUCCCACUUACCGGUAUGAGCGGGGUUCCAGGGAAUGCUACCUGUGGCAGAAGUACAAGACCUCAGGGGUACGCAUCAACGUCCCAUCGUGGUGCGACCGUGUGCUGUGGAAAUCCUACCCUGAGACUCACAUCGCCUGUACCGCCUACGGCUGCACUGAUGACAUCACAACCAGUGACCAUUCUCCCGUCUUCGCCACGUUCCAGGUUGGAGUGGCCUCACCGUUCCUCUCGAAAACAGAUGCCGGUUCAGGUGUAGAAAGGGCCUGGAUAGAACUGGAGAGCAUUGAGGUCAUUCUGAAGACGGCCAGCAAAGCCAAGUUCUUCAUCGAGUUUCACUCCUACUGUCUUGAAGAAUUUCGGCGUUCUGGUGACAAUGAUUCGCAGAGCUGCGAGGUGCCAGGCUUUCUCAAACUGGGCUGGUCUCCAAGGCAACUGCCGAAACUCAUUCCUAUUGUGUCGGACAAGGAAUAUCUUCAGGACCAGCACCUCCUGUUAUCUGUCAAGUCAUGCGAUAGCUUCGAGUCAUAUGGUUGGCUUUUUUCGACCCAUUUCUGCUGCCUGAGAGAGUGCAGUGUGGCCCUCCGGAGCCUUAUAGGCAGCACAGUGGAGGUGUUUGAGACAUUCUUGACCCACCGUGGUGAGGAGAUGGGCUCCAUCCGUGGGCGGGUCAUGGUCCACGUGCCCAAGGACCGGCGUCAGACCCGGGAGAGAACUUAUGAGUGGUUCUGCUUCGAGAAUGACGAGAACAGCUUUGCAAGAAGCAGCUUUUUUUCACCAACAACCUGUGCCCCCAUUGCAAGGACUCCAGGAGCUCCACCUGCAGGAGUGCCACCCACAACAACCCCUCGUGCAUCGGUUUCCUCCACACCAACCCCAAGUAGCUACACCAACCCUGCAUACUUCAUGUUUGAAGGAGUGCCUGUUCAGCACAGGGUACUGGAGGACCUGCCCACAAGCCGGGACCCUCGGGUAGUCUGGGCCAGGGACUCUGUACUGCAGCUACCCAAGGUAUGCAGAGGUCGCAGUUGUGACGGGAAGCCUACACGUAGGUCUGACUUCACUGAAAUUGAGAUCCCAGGGUGCCUUCCGCACUGCCGAACUCCUGAGGAAAAUCUGCUCCAGUCCAGUUCCUCCUACCAGCUUUUUCCAGCUAAGGAAGGUGGCUUGAUAAGUGCCUCUCCAAGACUGUCCCCAAACAGUGCCCCUCGUUCUGCAGAGCAAUCGCUGUACAAGAACAAUGGUGCAACCGAGCCUCGCCAACAUUCCUCAGAUCAGAGAAACAUAUACAUGAACCAUUCAGCUCUGGCAAGGGAAAUGCCUAAGCCUUACAGGGACCCGCUCCACCGAGACCGGCUCCGGCCAUCCCUGGAUCACCCAUCGUCAGCACGCAAGAGCCCAGCUCUUUACCCCUAUGCAUCCACUAGAGUGCCCCGCAGCAAAGCUGCUGUUCCCUGGAUGAUCGAGACCCAAACGGGGCCCCCAGGAGAUAACUCCUUGACAGCUUUACAAAUUGCCAAAUCACUCAGUGAAGUGGACUUUCUGCCUGUAGACCACAAGACCUCUGUCCCCAACAGGACAAUCCAGCAGAAGAAUCUUGGGUACGAGCUGGCAAUUGCUACAGAAAGGGGAUGCUGCUGGGAGAAAGAGCCUUUGGUAUUACAUGGGGCUCCAGAGACGGUGCAGGAACUCCUGAGCACCCUUGGGCUUCAGCGCUACACCUUGGGACUCAGCCUAAAUGGCUGGGAUGACCUAGAUUACUUCAGCGGCAUCACAGAGGAGGACCUGCGGGCUGCCGGAGUGACCAACCCCGCACAUCGCAGAAGGAUCUUAGAGAAUCUGCCCAGGAUCUGGGACUGAGCACCAGGCCGAAAGCAAACGCAGACUCAUCCGAAAAGGCCCAGUGGGUCCAACUGAAGCGAGGAGCAGAAAACCAGGGAGUCUUGUACAGAACUCCUCGUACCGAGGUUCGGUUCAGCGCAGCCUGCGGGGGCCAUCAGACAUAGACCAGCAGACUCGGACUGUCCUCGAUUCCAUUUCUGCCCAUCUCUGAUCAUUUCCUUUAAAGCAGGCAUGAACUGCUGUGUCAAGCCUGACUGAUAAAGCUGGGGCUUCUGGUAAAGAGGAACUUCUGUCUUCUCUUUAUUCCAAAACCAUUUUGAUUGAAAAACAUCCGUCGCACGGCCCUUUAGUUAUGAAAUGACAUUCUUCCCAUUGCACUCUGUCUUCCUAUCUAUAAAUCCUUGCAAAACUCUUCAGCGCAAACCCAUCCCAGCUAACCAGCAUCCCUGUGCGCUUGUGGUCGGGUACUGUUUACCAAGGAACUGGUUCAGUCCUUAUUGUGACACAGCAUUUGGCAAACACUGUGGCAUCGUCAUGACGGUUUAUUCGUGUAAAAUACGUCUUGUGCUUUUCGGAGAUAAAUUAUGAAAUUGC